GGCCCAUGUGCUGCUGACUCGAAGGGUAAACAUUGGAGGAGCUCACAAUAUAUCGCCAGCAUGGGCAUUGCAGGCCUCCACUCGCUUCUGAAAUCCAUCCAGAAGCCAUGCAAUGUCAAGAAAUUCAAGGGCCAAACCCUUGGAGUCGAUGCUUACGGAUGGCUCCAUCGAGGGAGUGUUGCGUUUGCUCUUGACUUGGCUCUCAAUCAUCAAACGAUCGGGUAUGUCGAUUUCGCCAUGCACCGAGUUCGCAUGCUCCUUUAUUAUGGUGUCACUCCAUACCUGGUCUUUGAUGGUGGGAGAUUGCCGAGUAAAGAUUCAACAGAGGAGACCAGAGCAGCCCGGCGUGAAGAGAGUAAAAGAUUGGGUCUCGAGCUCUACCGAACCGGCCGUACCUCCCAAGCCCAGCAAGAAUUACAAAAGGCUGUUGAUGUAACCCCAUACAUGGCUCGGAUGCUCAUCGAAGAGUUGAAAAAGUUGAACGUGCAAUAUAUCGUUGCCCCGUACGAGGCAGACGCACAGUUGGUCUAUCUCGAAAAGGAGGGCAUAGUCAACGGGAUCAUUUCAGAGGAUUCGGAUAUGCUUGUAUUCGGUGCGAAGGUCUUGCUCUCGAAGCUCGAUAAGCACGGCGAUUGCAUUGAGAUCAACAGGAGUAACUUUUCUGCCUGUCGAGAUGUUAGCCUUACAGGCUGGACGGAUGAAAACUUUCGGCAGAUGUGCAUCCUCAGCGGGUGCGACUAUCUCCCUAACAUUCCGAAACUCGGGUUAAAAACCGCCUAUCGGAAACUUAGAAGGUACAAGACGGUGGAGAAAGUAGUCAAAAUCGUGCAAUUCGAAGGACAGAGUCGUGUGCCUCCGAACUAUUUAGAGGAGUUCAAACGAGCCGAACUCACGUUUCUUCACCAGCGAGUCUUUUGCCCAAGAGCUAGAAAGCUGGUCACUCUUAAUCCACUGCCGAAUAGCGCCCACGAGGGAUUGACCUUUAUUGGCAAUGACAUCGAACCCGAUAUCGCGAUUGGGAUCGCCUGUGGUGAUCUGGAUCCAAUCACUCAAGAAGUGAUAAAGAUAAAUCCAUCAUAUCCGGAGAGAGCAAGAAUGGCAAACAUGCGGCGUCGGACACUUCGUCUUGUUGAUGAGAAGGGACAAAAUAAGCCUAUAAGCUCUUUUUUCACGCCCAAGCGUAUUCCACUAGGAGAGUUAGAUCCGAACAGCCUUACGCCUUCUCCAAGUCAGCAAGCUCUGCUUGCGCAGAAUAGCCGACGUUCUUGGUCAGCCCGACAAGCCUCCACACCAACAAGCGUCCCGCGAGCUGUGUCUGCAUCUGAGCGACCUCCACAAGCACCAGAUGUGAAUAGGGAGUCGUUCCUGUCGCGUGCUGCAACGUUAGCUCGGCCUCUGCCAGCGAAGAGGCAGCGGCUAUGUUCUGAUGCUGCUGAAAACGAACCCGGCACCUCAGUAGGAGAGCGUAGUCGUUUUUUCAGGGGCAACUCAAUCACCUCCGAGAAGGAUGCUCUAAAAGGAGCAAAAUUCAAGAAGGCGAGGAAAGCAGAAUUUGGAGUCUUUUCAGAUGACGGCGUCGAGAAUAUUAUGUGUUCACUUCCUGAUAGCAUAGAUAUCGUUGCAUCACUUACACCAAGUCAGGGGGACGACCGGGAUACCACGUCGACGCCGGAACCCGAUGAAAAGGUGAACCCAUAUUCGGUCGUCUUCAGGAAGCAUACUGUCACUCACCAGAGCUUGCCCACACCGUCACCAGAAUGCAGCCAGAGCCCACUGGUAAGAUCGGCCCAGGGAAACAACAGCAACAACAACCGCAAAUCAGCUUCAUUGGGCCUCGAAGCUAGGUUUGCAUACGUUGAAGAAAACCACCACACGAAGCACCCGGAUACUGGUCGGAAUGAAGAGCUCCGUAAACCGCUCCGGGAGGGCGUGGCGAAUGGAGGCGGGGCAGCAUACUCUCAGGUCAGCAAACCGGGGAACCGCGCACGGAUGACCCCUCUGCAACGAUUACAGCAGAGUGCGCUGGGUAGAUCGAAGUCGAUGAACUUCUCUAAAAUGAACAUGACCAAGGAUGGACAAGCUCAGCGUGGAUACGAGUCGGACGAUUCGACAUCCAGGCCAACUCCGCUCGCGUCAUUUGAACCGAGAGGGAGUGAAGAUUUGAUUGUUCCAGGCACAGACGACAGCGACGACGGAUCGCUAUCUAAUGGGGAUAAGCCACAACUAUUUAUGUCUUUGGAUCUGAAAAAGUUUGAAUUCUUCCCAAGCUGA